UGCUUUUCUAGCAGUAGGCUUUUAAUCUUUUAGUUUAUUGAGGUAAUGGCUGAGCAUUUGUUAUGCCAGUGGUUCGUUAAAGUAUUAGAUGUGCUAUCGGGACAAUACAGUGGUAGUAGUUUUAAGUUUAAUUUAAAAACAGUUAAAGUGAACUUUAGACUCCAAUAUGUUGUUAAAGUAUUCUCAAGCUCAGAAGAGAAUAAAGACGACGGGUAUUGGGAAGCCCCAAAGAACAGCCGGUGGAAUGGUCAGACUAGGCUCUGCACUCAUGCCUGGCAAGAUUCAUCGUAGAGUGGUCAAAGUUGCCAACAAGAGGCCGGGAGCUUUACACAGGACAGCUGCUGCCCCCGUGAAGCGAGAGCGGAUUCCUGUGGAUCCUUGUGAGAAUUCUAACGACUCUGGUCUUGGAUUCGACCACCACCUAGACUACCCCCACCAAUCUUCACUGGUCUCCCAUUCAGGGAUAGAGACAAGCUGGCCGGGAGAAGAGCCGCCAGAAGUGAAAAGACGAAGGCUGGAGAUCAAGCUGGAAUCAGAUGACGCCAACGACAACUUCACCUUCCAGGAGGCGGUGCGGCAGCAGACCAUCUGUGUGCCAGUGCGCAGACUGGGUCGUCCUGCUGCUCCUCUCACACUCAGCUCUCAGCUGCUGAGUACCUCUCACAAUGGGAUGGUGCAGCUGCUGAUCAUAUGUCAGCCGGAGCAGCAGCACCGCGCCAGGUACCAGACUGAGGGCAGCCGUGGCGCUGUCAAGGACCGCACUGGCAACGGUUUCCCGGUGGUUAAGUUGGUAGGCUACGACCGACCGUCCACUCUCCAGGUGUUUAUAGGCACAGACCAGGGUAAAGUGGCUCCCCACAUGUUCUACCAGGCGUGUAGAGUCUCAGGGAAAAACUCCACUCCUUGUGUGGAGAAGAAGAUUGACGGAACUAUUGUCAUAGAAGUGGACAUUGAGCCUUCCAAAGAUAUGGUUGUCACGUGUGACUGUGUGGGUAUCCUGAAGGAGCGCAAUGUGGACGUGGAACACAGGUUCCCUGAGGAAGGAUCUGGACGCAGCAAGAAGAAGUCCACGAGGUGUCGGAUGGUGUUCCGGACAACCAUUACACACCCUGAUGGAACAUCGGAGACACUACAGGUCACCUCCCAGCCUAUAGUCUGCACUCAACCGCCCGGAGUGCCAGAGAUCUGUAAAAAGUCGCUGUCGUCGUGUGGCGCCCGUGGAGGUCAGGAAUUGUUCAUCCUGGGCAAGAACUUCCUGAAGGACACUCGGGUGGUUUUCCAGGAAGAAUCUGGCAGUCCUGGGUGGGUCCAGGCAGUACAACCGGAUAAGGAGUUUCUACAACAGUCCCACCUGGUGUGUGUGGUGCCGCCAUAUCACACAGUGGACAUCUCAGAACCAGUGACAGUGAAGCUUGUGGUAGAGUCUAGUGGCAAAGCUAGUGAGGCGCACCCCUUCCUGUAUCUUCCAGAGGACAUGCGGCCAGGCGCAAGUACAGUUUUGACCCAGGAAGGAAACAUUCUCGACAGUUCUGUUUCCGCUCAAGGUAGCAGAACUGGAUUGUUCCCCUCCCCACUCCCUGUUGCUGCCCCCCUUAUCAUGGCUGCCGAGUCUGCCGCACCUUUCAUGACUGGCCAUAACUAUACAGGGAAAGAAGAAAAGGUGCACUCCAUGAUGAUGUGGAACAAGACUGCAGAAGUGAUGAUGCCCCCUCCACCCCCUGGCUUGUUGCCCAUCAACAUGAGGAGAUCUUCAGUGCAGAUGAUUGUUCCGGAGCCACUAGCUCCUGAAGAUUUGAAACGAGAAGUCCCUGAAGCUGUGGUCGAGGUGAAGCCCUUAUCUGAUGUCUCAGAGCAUCCUAACACUCAGACAUCCUCUAUGGAAACUUUCAACCGAUAUGUGAGCAACGGCGCACUGCCAUCCAUUCAUGUUGGAAAUUACCUGUCUAAACUGGAAAGCAACAGCGUUAUCAGUGAAGUGCCCAAGAUAAUGAUUCCACCACCGGCACUUUUAAAAGAACCGAUGUUUUCUGGUGAAUCCUCAAACCUACUGACCACUGCUGAUCAAGUUCUAACCAACCAAAAUGCUGCAAUGGCGUUUGAAGCCAAUUCAGCAUCUGCAAGUUCAUCCAUGAGCCAGUCGUUGCCGAAUGGUAUGAGUGUCAUUGUAAAUUCAGCGUUAAUCUCUAAGAAAUCUCCAGAUUCUCUCAUCAGUCAAGAAGUCGAGUCUCACAAAGAAAUGUCUGCACCAAACAUGAGUGGUUUGAAUAUUAUAAUGUCCCCAGUCAAACGGACUCCCUCAGCCACAGAAAGACUUGAUGCCUUUGUCAAUUCUGCUGCAGACAGUCAUAUCAGCCCAACACCAACAUCUCCAAUCGCAAGCUCUGUAAUUGACGAAACCUCUAGAAUGAGUGUUGUCAGUGAAAUGGUUAUGAAUGGAACUAAUGACAUGAACAAUAUGCAGGACAGUCAUGUCACUUCAGAAAGUCAAACAGCCUCUCGAAUGAGUCCCCAACAAGAGAUUUCAAACAUGAAUGGAACCGCACUUUGUUCCCUAAUGGGUUCUUCUGGCCAAGUCUCGAGCAGUCCGAUCCAAACUUUAUCGAACAUGCAAAAUAACCUUGAACAACACAUAAACAACCAAAAUGGAAUUCAGUCAAACAUGUCUAAUUUGAUGCACUCUCCAACACAAGUUUCUCCAAAUCAGCUCCAACAAUAUUCUAAGAUGCAAUCACCGACAGACCAACAUUUGUCACCCCAAAGUUUAAGUACAUCCCAAAUUAGUGCUGCUGAAAUGAACAGCAUUAUGAGCUGCUCAAACCAAUCCUUGGCUGGAUUUCAAACACCUUUGGAACAUCAGAUAUCGCCACAUAUAACAGUCAGCUCAUCUCAGAUGAACCACACAGAGUUCAAUAACUUGAUUCAGGAAUCCUCACAGGCUUCUACCACCCAGGCUCAACAGCUAACAAACAUCCAAUCUUCUCUUGAACAACAGUUGUCAUCCCAAACCAUGAACACCACUCAGAUGACUCACUGUGACUUGAACAAUCAGGUAAAUCUAAUGCAGUCCUCAACCUGUAAUUCACCAAAUCAAGCUCAGGUGAUGUCUAAUCUUCAAGCCUCUUUGGAACAAAUGACCAAUCAAGCUGCACCAUGUCGAAUACUUCAUUCUGAGCCAAUGCAGGCAAGCAACCUUGGAAUCAACAAUUUUUCCGGUUCAUUACAGUCAUCCCCGCACACCUCCCCGAACACAGUUGGGUCGCUUUCCAACAUUCAAGCCUCCUUGGAACAUCUAUCAUCUCAAGGAGUCAACACAGUUCAAAAUAACCUUGAGAUGACUGGUGGAAGCAUAACAAUGAACAAUUCAGUAACUGUUUCUCAAAUGCAAGCCGCUGCAAAUCAGGCUCAAGUACUAUCUGAUUUUCAAGCUUCAAUGCAACAACAUCUUUCAUCACAGCUCUUGGAGUCAAGUGCAACUGAUUUGGACUCAAGUUCCAACACUUCAAACAGAGUUAACUCUUCUGUAGAAGCCUCUCUUGAAUCCAUGAACCAGGCUCAGAACAUGACUAACAUUCAAACAAAUUUUGGACAGGUCAGUCCCCAACAGCAUCUAAACUCAAUGACUGCUCAAUCCAUGUCUCUCAGCAACUCUCUGCAGACUUCUCCUCAGCAUCAUGUUGCAGUAUCUCAGUCUCAAGUAUUUUCCGAUAUGCAGACCUCUUAUAACCAACAGCUCAACGCUAACUUGGUAGGUUCAGCAGCCAUUUCUCAGUCCUCAACUCCUUUGGAAAAUCUCACAAACCCAAUCCAGUCCACUGAAUCGUCCAACCCAAUAAUCCAGUCUUCCAUCAACCAUAUUUCAUCGAGCGUGACAACUUCAAGUCCAAAUCAUGUUGAAUCGUUGUCUGGGAAUGGUCUAUCCAUAAAUGACUCCCAAAUUAUUGACCUAAGGAAUUCAGUGCCUUUGAUGAACACUGUCUCAAAUGCUGGCUCUUCUGGAAGCCCCAACAUUUUGUCACCACAAAGUUCUCAUCACAGUCCAACCUCAGCUCUCACAUCUCCCGGAAUGUCCAUGAGUAGUACACCGACAAUGGCUUUGUCCCCAGUCAACAUGACGACAUCUCAAAUAAUAGAUGCAGGGGCUCAAAACAUGAUUUUGACCUCGACCCAAUCCAUGUUAACCCCAGAGCUUCCGAUGAACAAUCCGCCUAGUCUUAUGUUGGCCUCGGGGAAUAUGCAGGUGCAGGAUUCCCAAAACAUCUCGAUACAGACGACCGCUUUGAGCAGAUUUGACGGAGUCACUCAGAGUUUGCCGGUGCAGAUGUCAUCCAUGACACAGUAUGAACAGCGUGAUCAGAUGGUCAAUGCAAACAAGGAAGGAGAAAGGAAAGAUUCUCGAAUGUUCAUGAUGCCUUCUGGACAGGUCGCCAAUCAGCCACAAACAACAGGACAGCCAGUCAAGAAGUGUGAGGAAGGGAUGCCUUUUCCUCAGGAGCUCACUCAGAUGUCUGAACAUGACUUGAUCAGCUACAUCAACCCGAGCUGCUUUGACACAGUGUGAUGCUGGUGAUCAUCGUAAUGCUUGAUGCUGUCAGUGCAUCGUGAUGCCCAGUAUUCAAGACUGCACAAGACUGGUGCUAUGUUUACAUUGUGUGAACGAUAAUUAGCCUCCGUGAGGACUGUGCACAACGUAGUUGGUGCUUGUACAUUACAAAUUAGUCGUAAGGAUAGUCUAGUGUAGGUUUAGAUCAAAUCUAAAUCUUGUAUAUCUAUUGUAUUAUAUCAACAUUAUCUAGAUACAGGUACCGAAUCGCUGCCAUAUUUAAUCGAUCAAGCCUGUUUGUUGUUUAAACGUAAGCUUAACGUAUUUUUGUCUUUCACCAGCUAGUGUCAGUGUACACGGUAUACUUUGAAAUAUUUUUAUCCGUUUUGUCUAUUGUUACAUUUGACAUUUUUUAUAUAUUUUUAAGAAAUUGUGGACCUGAUAAGACAAUGAAUGAAACUUUCAGUCUUGGCUUAGAUUUGUAACUGAAUACGUUUGUGUAAGUAAAUUGCUUACUACUUGACUGGUUCAAGUGGAACUGUUGAAGAGUUCUACGUUUGAUCUGAAACCUGUGUUCCUCUUCUAAUGUUGCACUGUUAUCUGUAUCAACAUUUACAUUCUAGUCUGUGAUCGUGGUUAGGCUUUUCCCUGGGUGCCUCAAAGUGCCAGUGCUCAAAUCGUCAAGUGCUAAAUGAAAAUCAAAUUAAAGUGUUCCAUAAAGUGUUAAAAGUUAUAUUUUCUUAUUAACAUUACCUAUUGACUGAUGUAUACGUAUGCUGAGUUUUGAAUCUGUGCUUAAAUUUGUUGUCUUAUUGUCAUCUUGGUCCAAAAUAUUUGUCGUUUGAAUAGUAAUGCUGUUAACUUUGUAGGUUUUGAAUUUUUUUUGUUCAAUUUCCCUUUUGUUUUGGUUUUUAAAAGUAAAAAAUUCAGUUUUGAACACUAUUUUAAGUUCACUAUAUCCUGUUUUAAUAGUACAAUUACAGAUCUCCAUACUCUUUUUAAGCUAAGUUUUAUUUGUAGUUUCAGAAAAUAAUUGAUAAUCAAUCAUACAUGAGUUUUGUUAAGUUUCAUUACAAUGAAAGUAUUUUUUUCUAGAACGUUUUAGAGCACUUUAUUAUUAUUUUUAAGUAGACUGAAAAUAAGCUUAAUUUUGUACAUAUUGCCUUCAUAGUUUAUCUAAUGUUGUUAUUAAAGGAAAAAUAUUUAUGUUAAUGGAAGCUAAUCUAAGUGUUGUUUUGUUUUAUAAUUUUGAUUAAUGAAGCAUUGUUUAAAGACAAUAAUGCUUUCUUUGUUGUGGUAGCACAUGUGUAAUAAAUGUGUUUAUUUUA